CGUGCCUGGUUGCCGUCCCUUCAUCCGUCCCACGCCUCGGCCCGCCCAAGAGUCCACCAAGCCAUGGAUGCGGUGACUGUGUAUCAUGGCAAAAUCAGCCGGGAGACGGGGGAGAAGCUCCUGCUCGCCACAGGUCUGGAUGGCAGUUAUUUGCUGAGGGACAGCGAGAGUGUCCCGGGCGUGUACUGCCUGUGUGUACUGUAUCAAGGUUACAUUUAUACAUACCGAGUGUCCCAGACAGAAACAGGUUCUUGGAGCGCUGAGACAGCACCUGGGGUACAUAAAAGAUUUUUCCGGAAAAUAAAAAAUCUCAUUUCAGCAUUUCAGAAGCCAGAUCAAGGCAUUGUAAUACCUCUGCAGUAUCCAGUUGAGAAGUCUUCAGCUAGAAGUACACAAAGUACUACAGGGAGAAGAGAAGAUCCUGAUGUCUUCCUGAAAGCACCAUGAAGAAAAAUAAAAUACCUUGUACUUUAUUUUCAGUAAUUUAAAUAUAUGCUAAGUCUUAUAUAUUGUAGAUAAUACAGUUCAGUGAGCUAUAAAUGUAUUUCUAAAACCCUCAUAGUCCUGUAAUGGAAGCAUCUAGUGUGAUGUUAAAGCUGAAAUGGACUUUGCGGAUAACGAGGAGCUUUGAAAUGAGGAUUGGGAAAAAUA